AUGGACGAGGCCCUUCACGACGUAGAGCGCGCGGCCGGCGUCGCACUGCACACAGUAAUAGGCCUCAAAAGGCGGAUAUCGGGGCAGCUGAAUGCCUCGGAUCUUUAUUUGAUCCACGAUGAGCUUAUCGAGCUGACCAAGAUGUUGGAAGAUGUCAGCCAUCUUCACACCAAGACGUUUUCCGGGACAGCCAAAGAGAAUCUCGACAUCCUCAGAGCUAUAUAUCGGGACCUUCGGGUGAUCCUAAAGACUUUUGAGGAUGUGCGGGAGGUGUGCCCUGACAUUGAAGACGGUAACUCAAACAACCCAAAAUUAUUUUCGAAUUCAGAACUCAUUGCCGAGAAACGGUCGAGGAGGCCCAUCAAGGAGCGCAUAAUCAUCAUUUCUCGCCUCCUUAAAGAACGCCGUCUCUCAUUACUGUCCAAGCUUGUCGUACUGAACACUGUCAAGUUGAUAGAAACAUACUACGAUGAGAACUCAGCCGGUCAAGAUACCGAGAAGCGAUACGACUCGCAGCAUCGCCCUCUUUCUUCACCGAGAGAUGUCGACAGUAUCAAGGCGGCCGUACAGCGAAAACACGUGUCUGUCACCGAUGUCCUCGACACUGGCAUGACUCCGAUUGGGUUCGCUCUCCGCCACUUCAGUAUUCCCAUGGUCCGGUUCCUGCUUCAAGAAGGCGCGGACCUUUUUCAAGAGGGACCGUCUGGAGUGGCUCCACCAGGUUUUAUGAUGGCCCUCGAGAAGAUCUACACGGACCCAGACAUGCCGACAUCUGAUCGCACCCUCCUGGAGGAGCUUCUACCUUUGGACACAAUCAUCGAGAUGGCUGGGCUCUCACCCCUGCACAAGGUGGUUCUAGGUAUCCGAUGUCUAGAUCUGGGCGAGCUCCUGCGACUGGAAGUCUGCCCCGUGGACAAGCUGGAUUACUCCGGCCGGACAGCCCUCCAUUGGGCAGCAGCGAAAGGCGACGCAACAGCCGUCUCCGAGCUCUUAGACGCAGGCGCCCAACUAGAGUGCAAGACCCGCCUGCGGUCGGAGAGCCCGCUCAUGAUCGCGUGUCGCACCGGCGCAAACUCGGAAGCCGUCAGGGUGCUCCUGGCCGCCGGGGCGGACGUCAACACCAACGACUCGUACGGGCAGACGCCGCUGUGCCUCACCGCAGGAGCGCCCGGGGGCCACAACCGCGUCGAGAUCGCUGCUGCCCUGUUGGAUGCGGGGGCCAACGUCAACGGGGAGCAGGGGUAUGCGCGGGCGACGGCGUUGGAUUUCGCUUGUGUCGGCAGUCACUAUGAGAUGGUCAAGUUCUUGAUCGACGCCGGUGCGGAUGUUGGCCACCAUGACCGCGACGGGUCUACGCCGCUCAGUAAGUGA